AUAAAGUGGUUGAGGAUCGGACGAUGGUGGGGCAAGCGGUGGUACUCGGCCGUUGCAUUGUGGGGGUGUUGGCCUUCAACUUGACGGCGCAGUUUCACUGACCUGCCUGAGAAACUCGUGAUAUCCGCGCGGCUCGUGCCCCACGAGCGGACGUACCGACGCACGAAUGUCCAGAGAUGCCAAAGGGUUGUAAAAUCAAAGCACUCCGAGCGAAGACCAACACUUACAUCAAGACCCCGGUGCGCGGCGAGGAGCCAGUGUUCGUGGUAACGGGGCGCAAGGAGGACGUGGCCCGCGCGAAGCGCGAGAUACUCUCGGCCGCCGAGCAUUUCUCCCAGAUCCGUGCCUCCCGCAAGAGCUCGUUGGGCGCCCUGUUGGGCGCGCCCCCCGGCCCACCAGCUUCCGUUCCAGGCCACGUGACGAUUCAGGUACGAGUCCCGUACAGAGUAGUCGGGCUUGUGGUAGGACCGAAGGGCGCGACCAUCAAGAGAAUCCAGCACCAGACCCACACCUACAUAGUGACGCCGAGCCGCGACAAGGAGCCGGUGUUCGAGGUGACGGGACUACCCGAAAGCGUGGAGGCUGCGAGGCGCGAGAUCGAGGCACACAUAGCACUUAGAACCGGCACAGGAACCACCCUCGACGAUUCGGAACUGCUAAGCGUCCUCUGUCGCGGUGGCCUGGGCUCGAUCCUCGGUUGCCUCGACCCACCGGGCUCGAACGGCUCGAACGGAUCCAGCGGAGCGUUCUCCAGCAGUGGCAGUUGCAGUAGCUCGUCCAGUAGUUCCGGCGCGCCUGGGCUGAACGAUCUCGUCGCGAUUUGGGGCGCUGGGAUGGAGAGGGACGAGGGCCUAGGGGAGUCGCCCUCCUUCGAGUCCCAAACGGCGUCCGCCUCCUCGAUCUGGUCGUUCCCAGGCGUCGCGCUACCCUCGAGGCCAUCCCCGCCGGCGUCAGCGAGCCCGACGUCGCCCACGGACUCGCUGUUGGGCGGUGGACGGCGGGAAUGCGUGGUGUGCGGCGACAAGGAGGUCACCGCCGCCCUCGUCCCAUGCGGACACAAUCACUUCUGCCUGGACUGCGGCAACCGGGUCUGCGAGAGUUCCGACCCAAGCUGCCCCGUGUGCUCCAGGCCCGUGUUACAGGCGCUUCGUAUCUUCUCUUAAGCACCGGGACCGGAGCCGGCGGGACAGAUCCCCCCUCCUCCCCCAGGCUCCGAACUGCGUCGCGGCACCUGGUACAGCGGCUCUAUAACGAUUCUCACCAUCGAUCAAUCAUGAUAUUGUCUGCUCUUCGACUUUUGGCGGCUCAUCCAGGAACGACGGCGCUGGAGAACGCCCAUCCCGAAUUUUUCCGUAUAUAAGAGAGAAAAAAAGAAAAAAAAGAAAAAAAAAAAAAAAAAAAUUAUGCUCGCGUCCCCACGAAACGUCUCGCGAAACGGUGCGCGAAAAAUCCCGUUGCGACGUCGGGGGACCGGACGCGCACAAUGUCUCAAUUCCACUGCUGCCAAUAACCUCUUCUACGCGCCGGGAAUGCCCCGAUAUAAAUGCUAUUUGUCGCGUCGUUCCCGCCGACCGAAUACAACGAAGUCAGCUUUUAAGUUCUACGAGAAUAUAUAGAACGAGAGAGUGGGAGAGAAAGAGAAAGAGAAAGAGUAAGAGUGUGAGAUAGA